GGCUACGAAAAACACCGCUUUCGUUUCGCUUAUCCCAUUAUUUAAUGGCUGUUUAAAUUCCAUGCGCUUUACUCUGAAAGCGUCGACAGGAAGUCGCGCAGCCUAUUGUCUCGCAUGUGUCUUGUCAGUGGCGGCGCUCCGGAUCAAAGGCUCGCUUGGCUCCCCGGCUGUACGGUCCUACACAGAGACUGAGCGCAGUCUGCCCGCGGUCUCCACGGACGCUCUUCUGUCUGGAUAUCGCAGCCCGUCUCCCCUUUUCUUUGGAUUAUAUAUUCAUCUGAUGGUUUUACACUCCAACUCGAUGCAUAGAAAUGGGUAAACUGCACUCGAAACAUGCCGCUAUUUGUAAACCGAGGGAGAGUCCUGAAGGCGACAGUUUUGUAGUCAAUGCUUGCUUGGCGAGGAAGGGCAUCGACGACUGGCUGGUGAAGCAGAAAUACUAUUGUACGAGCUCUCGCCUCGAGCAGCAGCAGGACUGUCACCACAAGAACAACUGCGGCUUGACUGCACGGGACUCCAUGGGUGAAGCAUGUGCCAUGGGGAUCGGUGAUGAACACUAUCGUCUAGAAGUGGCUUUACCCCCGGAGAAGACAGACAGCUGCUGUGUGGAGGAGAAGAUGCAGGAGAGGGACGGCCAAUCUCCCGCGGGGCCACAGAAACAGCUCCAGUUUGAAGAGUUGGAGUGUGCCGUCUCUGUGGAGGAGGACAACCGGCAGGAGUGGACCUUCACCCUCUACGACUUUGAUAACAACGGCAAAGUGACCAGAGAGGACAUCACCAGCCUGCUCCACACCAUCUACGAGGUUGUGGACGCCUCCGUCAACCAUUCUCCCAGCAGCAGCAAGACACUGCGGGUCAAGCUCUCUGUGGCUCCGGACUCCAGCCAGCGGUGGAGGAGCUGCACACAAGGUGCGGCAGACGUGUCCCACCCCAGAGAGAAAAAUGACAAGAGCAUCGAAGACCCCAAGAGUGCAGACAAGAAGUCUAGAGCGCUCCUAAGGCGCCACCACAGUGACCACCACACCCAGCCUGGCUGCCAGCGCCACUGUGUGGAUGAGAACCUGGAACGCAGGAACCACUACUUGGACCUGGCAGGCAUCGAAAACUACACAUCCCGCUUCGGAGCCGCCCCCACAACAGAGCCGGCUAAAGCAGAGCCUCAGACCCGGUCGUCCAACCAGACGCGUUCUCGCUCCCAUGAACCGGAAAAUGGCCACUCCCAUUCCCACCACCGCCGCUUGCAGACGGUUGUGGACGCCGUUGUUCCAGAGAGCCUCCACCCCACCCGGCCGCGAGGCCAAGACUCAGGAAAGCACGCCCUCCGCUCACCUAAAACCCACAGCCGCACGCCGCCCGCGCAGAUCGGCGGCAGGGUGAUGAGGAACCGGGGCGCCCCCCCUCCUCCGGCUCUGCCCAGCCAGACGCCCCCUCAUCAGUCUGCAGCCCCCUACCGCAAACACAAGCAGCGGUCCAAGGAGAGCCACGGCUACCGGGCCUUGGGCUCCCUGACAGCUCCGGGACAAGUGGUGGAGAAAGAGCAGGUGAGGGACCUGCCGAGCGUGCUGCUCUAUGAGGGGGGGCUGGCGCAAGUGGUGCAGCGGCACGAGCACCACCACCACCACGAACACCACCACCACUAUCACCACUUUUACCAGUCCUGACUUUCGACUCUGCCUGGGAUAGCUCAGCACUCCUGCAGCUCCACCAAACACAUCCAGGCCAGCAGACACUGACGGCGAGGAGCUUCCUCCUCAAAGAACUGUGCAGUUAGCCCCGCAGCUGCAUUGUGAGGGACACGGGGAGGAGAGGAGGACGAACGGUGCUGAGGCAGUGCUAUUAACCAGUGUUAUAAAGAGGAUGGUCAGACUUACAGAAGCUCGGGUAUGCAGCAGGACGGUGGCACAGGACUGAGGAUCACAGUGCAGCUCAAGAGGAGGCACAGAGGCAUCGAUUCAGUGAACACCUCAGAUGUUCCUCUUCCCUUGACUCUGUGAUCCUCUGCCUGAUGAACUAUACGGCUCUAAACCAGCGCGACAUCCGUUCCAGACCACUAAGCCGAAAGGUGUUUAAGGAAAAGGAGGGACAAGAGGAUGAAAGACUGUGACGUAAAGAUGAAAAUAUAUGAAGGAACCUAGACGAUGGGAGAGUGCGUAUGCGUGUGUGAGACAUUGUCUGAAUGUGUGUCUUCUAGUCUUGAGUGUGUGUGUGUGUGUGUGUGUGUGUUUGAGUGUCACGACACUGGUGUCUGUUGAAAACCACUUGAAGUGCGCUCAUGGCUGCGUGAGUAUUUAAAGCAGGCUGUCAAGUGGGUUUUUUGAAGAUGAAAAUGAAGAUUUUGAUUUAAGCUUCCAAUACCCCGUAAGCAAAAAUGGGAACGAAAAUGUUGAAACGCUAUAAAGUAAUAAAAUAAAAAAAGAAAAAAAAAGAAGAAGACGAAAGAUCCCAAAUCUGCUGCUACCUCUAAUUUUAUCCUGAUUCUUCUUGCAAUGGUGACUUUGACUAAGCAUCAUUCGGAGGUUAUUUUCAAAUCGCUGGGAAGCUUUUUUUGAAGGAAGAGAAAUCGUGUCACGCUCUGCAGUACUGAAAUGUGGGAAGCUCCUUACAUUUAUGAACUAACCUUUGCUGUACAUAAGGUAUAUGUUGUUAUCAAUUUUAUAAGCUUUACUGAUAAUGUGAUAUCUUUGUAUUCACUAUCUGAAGCUGUUAUGUUUGUUUUUCUUCACAACCGCAUUUUUAUUAAGACCACUAGGAGCCUCAUUUUUAAUAGAAUAUGUGCAACUCUGUUAGUGACCCGGUCUCACUCCCUCCCUCAUUCUCUGUCUCUUUCAACCUGUUCUCAUUUAACUGAGUAAUUACGGCCGAUUGGCUAAAUUUCCAGCUGUCAGACGUCCUGUCAGGUAGCUCAACGUCAAAACCUAAACGAGAGUAACAGUACCCUGGGUUGUACUUCUAGACAGUCGUUACCUUAUAAAGUUCCCGCUUCGCCCCCAAAUCCCAGCAGUGUUUGUACCAAAACCUCUCCUUUCCCUCGACUCUCCGAAAUGUCAGAGGUUGAAUCGCGGACUUGAGUCCAAUGAUACCUCUAAAAGAUGUUAUUAAUUACUCAGUGCUCCAUCACCGCCCCGUUUCAGCUUUUAAUAGUUGCAUAUAUUCAUGCCGCGCCACGGUUUUCUGACGAACCAGUUGCAGCCCUGUCGUCCUGGCCUCAGGGUCGCACGGCUGCUCCCUCUGUUUCCAUGGCAUCUUCCCUGUCCCCCAGCUGUCAGCAGGUCUUUCACCGUGCCGCCAUGUGGCCUCAGCUCCCAGCCAACAAGGCUCUGUUUGUGGUGCGGCGGGGCGAGGGCUCUUUCAGCUGUCUCAUUCCUCCGGUGCUGGGUAACACCGGGGCCCGGCCUGCAGUCUCCACUCGAGCCAUAAGUCACUGCUCGCUGCUGCCCUCGUGCCAGCACCGGGGACCGUCUGUUCAUCCUCUCCCAUGAUGCCCCGUAGGUGUUGCCGUCAGCGGUCAGGGGACCCCAGAAUGCGUCACCUGUGUCACCUUCGAUGUGACAGAAGCUAGCGUCGCGUGGAUGAACAACCCGCUCUCAUGCGGCUAUACUUAUCUGUGAUGGUUUAAGUGCCUUGCUCAAGGGCAACCUUAUCCACUCGUGGGAAGUGAGUUGUCAACGCAUGGAUUGUGUGUGUGUGCCCCCAAUUGUUCAAACGGCUGUGUUUGUCUCCUGUAAGGGCGUGCGUGCGUUUGCGAUGAGCAGGAAUGCGGUGCAUGCCAGUCUUGCCCUCGGCCCUGCAGUGUCCUCUCACAGCUGCAGGACGUACUUUAGCGGAGGCACCAGUCAGACGGGACGUCUCGUGGGACGCGGCGGGGGGAAAUCUGCCUCGUUCCCAAACGGGGGUCGCAGCUGCGCUCCAUAUCUCGGCUUCCUCACCUCGCUCCGCUUUCCCCACCGGACAACGAGUCCACGCUGCCGGAGCCCUCGUAGCACUGUAACUUCUUUGUCGGAGCUUUCGCCUCACCCAACGGCGACGGUGACACCGAUCCGAGUCUCUAAAUAUAAGCAGUGUGGAAACGGUCGACUUGUUGUGCUAACUGGCGGCAAGCGGGCGACUGUUCCUCCUGCAGGGUGGUCUGAUUCGACACGGUGAGCGAGGCCUUCUGAAGGAAUUUGGGUGAGUCAGACCCGCAGCCAGGUUGCAAUUUUUAAACCCCUCGUACCCAGAGAAAGGCCCACUGACUACACACAACCCCCUGUGUCUCCCGGUGUAACGCCCUGCUCUCAUUCAUGUAUUAACUGAAUCCACGUUAGAAACCUCAAAGGUGCCUGAUCAAGGCACCUCAACAGCAUCUGUUUGUCAUUAAGACUAUAAUUUAUAAACCUCGCUAACCUCGCACUGUCACUAUCCAUCUACUGUAUUUCAUCAUACCAAUAGAUUUACAUUGUUUGAGGAAGAAAAGUCAUUUUUUUCCUCAUUUUUGUUUGUUUUCAGCAACCAAGUCACCACUGAACCCUCUAUGCCCACCAGAGGUUACCUUUUUAUCAUUUUAUUUUGCAGGUUAUUACUCGAGGAUGGGUGUCACACGUUAUUACAGAAAAUAAUCAUUUCAAGUCACGUCCCACUGCUUUCAGUGCAGCUGCCCUGGUGUUUGGGAUUGUCAGUAUUCAGAGUCUCCAUGUUAAAAAACGGUAUCUAACGCACCACUGAUUUGCUUUGUGAGAUCCAUGUAUCAGCGUUUUGUUAAAUCGGAUGUAUAUAGCGACCUGCAGAGAGGUUAAAGCAGCAUCAUGUAGAAAAAAAAUAUAAGGCUUAUUUAUAAUUAAAUAACAGUUAAGCUAUCUCAUUUGCAUACUGUUAGCUACUGUAGUAUCCGGCAAUUCCACUUAGCAGGAGGGAUAAUUAUCCGUCUCUCCACGCGCUCACGGACACACCUUCACUCGGUGUUUUGUUGUAAACUUUAGCCCUAGCUGUUCUCCUCCUCCUCCUCCCACUCCCUUCCCACUCCCUCUAAUAUUUUCCAUGACUUUGUUUAGUUUAUAUUAGAUUGUAUUUGAUUAAUUGCUUUAUUUAUUUGAUAGCAGAUCUGUGCCAAGGGAAAAUACCCUUUUAUUAAAGUAUGAACCCGUUCCUUAUAAA